AUGCCCGGCCAAGAUCAAGCUCACCAGCAGCGCCUGGCAGAGCCGAAGCGGAGAUGCGGAGGAGACAGAGCCACCCGUCUCUUGCAGGUGAAGAGGAAGCUGAACUUGGAGACGGAUCACCAGUACAUAGCAGAGAGCCUGCCGACGGCCCGGGGCAAAGCGAGAAACCCUGCGAAAGGGGCAAAGUCUCCCGGGGAGAAGUCUCGCUAUGAAACCUCGCUGAACCUCACCACCAAGCGCUUCCUGGAGCUCCUGAGCCAGUCACCCGACGGUGUGGUGGACCUCAACUGGGCAGCCGAGGUCCUGAAGGUGCAGAAGAGGCGCAUCUACGACAUCACCAAUGUCCUGGAGGGCAUCCAGCUCAUCACCAAGAAGUCCAAGAACAACAUCCAGUGGCUGGGCAGCCAGGCCACGGUGGGACCUUCCAGCCAGCACCGGGUGCUGGAGAAGGAGCUGCGGGACCUGCAGGCUGCCGAGCGGCAGCUGGACGACCUCAUCCAGACGUGCACUGUCCAGCUGAGGCUGCUCACGGAGGACCCCGGGAACCAGCAAUAUCCUUCUCUGGCCACUGUCUCGCAGUCACAGCGAGGCAUGUGCCAGACCACUGUGGCAAGGAUGGCACCUGGUUGGGCUUUCCAGGUGUCUGUGAAAAGCACUCAGGGCCCUAUCGACGUGUUCCUCUGCCCCGAAGACAGCUCUGGGGUCUGCAGCCCCGUCAAGAGCCCGUUCAAAGCAGCCGCUGAGGAAUCGUCCCCCGGCUCUUCGCAGCCCAGAGCCUCCCCGCUCUUGCAUCCGGCCCAGGACGUGAACAUGCCGCUGCUGCCUGAAACGCGUAGGUGGCAGGGCGGGCGGUCUCUGUCCAGCUUUGGGGGCACGCUCGGCAGCCUCCAAGGAGCUCCUGCAGCAGCCGCCAAGAGCUGCAAGGCCGAGUCGUGCCAGAGGAACCAGCGUAACCGCAAAGAGGGAGCAGAGCGAGCGUGGCGUCUCCCCGCACCGAUCCACCAAGAGCCUUGA